CACAUUUGAGGAAAUGAAAUCCAGAUUGAAAUCAAAAAGGAUCCUGAAUUUGAAGUGUUUUCAUUAAACGACCAACGACCAUGUCAAGUAAAUUUAGUUCGGGCACAGAUGUUUUUAUCAAUGAACUUAUAUUUUUGGUUUUAAUCUAUUUUACAGCCCCUGUUUCAGCGGAUCAGAGGUGCAGUUACCUUGACACGUUCGGUAAAAUCAAGUACCGGUCAUGUGAAAGUGGGUGUUGCGGAACAGUUCAUCACGCGUACUGCUGCGUACACAGGCAGUUCGGACUAAUUGUACUCGGAGGUGUCCUUGGAUUUUUCAUCUUUGUCUGUAUUAUCGCCGUAUUAAUUCACUGCUGGUUUGUUCAUAGAAGGAGACACCAAUACAACGUAAUUGUAACUGGACAACACACUGACUACGGGUCGACCUAUCCAACUGACCCCUAUAGUGGCCCGGUUCCUGUUGUCGACGUUAACAUUGACGUUACACCACCCACCCCAUCUCCCGUUAAUAUAGACAUAGACAUGGGUAACAACCAGCCUGCAGGUCGAGUGGAAGACGAUGUCCAACCGUACUAUCAGGACGAUGUACAGCCCUAUGACCCAUACCCGGCGGGCGAGGUUGACGUCAAUGUGGAUAUUCAACCUUACAACCCGGCAGGGCAAGUUGAGCCUGACAUUCAACCGUAUCAGCCCCAAGACCUUCAACCAUACCAACCGGAACCGGAUGUUCAGCCAUACGGGGGAGACACACAGCCAUACGGAGGGGAUACCCGGCCCUAUCAGGAUACGCAGCCGUACGGCGGGGACACGCAGCCAUAUGGCGGAGACACGCAGCCAUAUGGUGGAGACACGCAGCCAUAUGGCGGGGACACGCAGCCAUAUGGCGGAAACACGCAACCAUAUGGCGGAGACACGCAACCAUAUGGCGGAGACACGCAGCCGUACGGGGGAGACACGCAGCCCUACGGUGGAGAUACACAGCCCUAUGACCCCUCCCGAGCAGGGAUCGCGGAUUACCCGGAUACUGACCCAUAUCCCUCAGAGCCGGCUGGGUAUGCGGAUGACGACGAUCACUAAUAUUGCACACAAAACUAAUAAUGUACAUGUACCUUUGCUAUAUGCCAAUCGGAAAACCUCAGAUGUAUGCCAGUUAAUUAGUAAAAGUAGUUCGUAAAAUUAACUAUAAUACAAAUGUUGUAGCUAUUAAAUGUAGUGUUAUAACGUGUAAUUUGUAUUCACUAAUUUCAAAUCAUGAUUCACAGUAAAGUGUAUUAUUGCAUAAAAAAUGAUUCCUAAGAGUAAAGUCCUUUGGCCUAACUGCUAAAUUGAAAAUACUACGCAAUCUACUUGCAGCGUAGUUAAAUGUAACGAAUUCUGAUAUUGUUAACCGUCCAUAUACAUCCGAGGUUGUUUUCGAUGAGAAAAGGCCGAGGUUUUCCGAUUGUGCUAUAUGCAGGUGUAGCCAUCUAAGAACAUCCCUCUUAGAAUAAGCGGGGCAUGACUGAUCCAUUCUGUCACGCUCCAAUCAUAACUAAUAUACGUGGAUAACUGACGCAUCGUGUUAUUGUUGAAGAUCGAAGAGAUCAUUUUCUAAAUAUGCAUAUUAUGCAAUAUAUAUAUAGGUUAUUUAAUGGAAAAUGUUUCUAGGCGUUUAUCAAAAUAUGUAUGUAGAUAUUGUAUUCUUCGUACGUAAUGAAGAAUAUAUAUACACGUAUAGAUUAUACAUGACCGCUUUUACUACAAUUUAUUAUUAAUGCAAAAUGUUAACUCUUGUAAAAUCUAGUUAUUGACUUAUUGUAUUUGCAUAUACAUGUACUAAUAAAGAAUAAACAAACAUUC